CCAUCCUGGAGCAGACAGACCACGCUACAUUUCUUCUCCCACAAUAUUUUUUUCUUUUCUCCCAAGUCCAAGGCGAUCCUCCCGCACGCUCGAGAAUGUUCCGCAACCCGCGCCGCGCCGCCCUACUCCUCGCCGCCGGCGCCGCCGCAGCGGGAGCCGGGCGCCUCCUCGACCGCGGCGACUCCGCCACGGUCGUCACCGUGUCUGCCUCCGCGCCGCUCCGCCAUCUCCUGUCCACCGCCGCCACGGGGCUCUUCUCCAGCAACCCCCUCUUCGCGCCGUGGCAAGGGGAUUUUACAGGGAGUUUCCCUAUACUAAACUCUUUUGCAUCUGCAUCGGUUCCACCCGCAAACCUGAGCAACCAUGCCUCUGGUGGAAACUCUGAUGAUUCGAGAUGUUGCCCAGGAUGUCUAGGCAGAAACUCAAUUGCCAAUGCUGCAGCUGCAGUUGGUCCUGCUGUGGUGAAUAUUUCUUGUAUGCAAGAAAAUGGAUGGUUGCGAGAGAAGAGCCUUGGAUCAGGGACUAUAAUAGAUCCAGAUGGGACCAUAUUGACAUGUGCCCAUCUUGUUACAGAUUUUCAAAGCACAAAACCAGGUCUAAAGGGGAAGGUUAGUGUGAGUUUACAAGAUGGUCGGGAAUUUGAAGGCGUAGUUCUCAAUUUUGACCACCACUCAGAUAUCGCUGUUCUGAAGAUCAAGUCCAAGACACCUUUACCAGCUGCAAGACUUGGAUCCUCAUGUAAGCUUCGACCAGGUGACUGGGUUGUUGCUUUGGGCUGCCCACUUUCUCUUCAGAAUACAGUUACAGCUGGCAUUGUAAGUUGUGUUGACCGGAAAAGUAGUGAUCUGGGUCUUGGAGGAAUACGAAGGGAGUAUCUGCAAACAGAUUGUGCCAUCAAUAUCGGUAACUCUGGAGGUCCUCUUGUGAACCUCGAUGGCGAGAUCAUUGGAGUUAAUGUGAUGAAACUUAGGGAUGCUGAUGGUUUGAGCUUUUCAGUACCGAUUGACUAUGUCGUGAAAAUAGUGGAGCACUUCAAGAAAAAUGGGAGAGUUGUACGCCCGUGGCUUGGUUUGAAGAUGCUUGAUCUUAAUCCAAUGGUCAUUGCGCAACUUAAAGAAAGAUCAAGUUCUUUCCCAGAUGUAAGCAAAGGUGUGCUUGUUCCAAUGUGGAUUACCAGGUUACACCAGGCUCGCCAGCCGAACGUGCAGGAUUUGCUCCUGGGGACGUAGUCACUGAAUUUGAUGGUAAACCAGUGGAAACGAUCAAAGAGAUCAUUGGUAUCAUGGGGGACAAGGUUGGAGUGCCAUUUAAAGUUCUUGUUAAAAGGGCGAACAAUGUACCUGUGACUUUGACAGUUACGCCAGAGGAAGCAGAUGCCAGCAGGUGACCCACGAUUAUCUGCUUGAGGUUAAUGAGCUCAGAGGAGAAUUUGCAGUACAAAUAUAGUUUUCCUUAAAAUUUAUUUUAUGCGGCCCAUGGACAUUCUGUUGAGUUCGAUGUAGGCAUGGGUAAUGGACAUUCUCCUUCCUCAUAAGGGAAAGAAAAACUUAGAAAUAGAUAUGGUGGUGCAGUGUUUGACUUGACAAAAUGUGAAACUCAUCGAAGGAUGUGGAUGUGGAGUUUCGUAAUCUGUUCAAUACUUAUGAACAAAAUAGGCAAGAGUAGCAGUAAGGUGUGUCUGCAUCUUUUGAUAGAACUGUUUCAGAAGCAUGGUAAAGGUGGGCAAGAGACUGAAACAGCAGAGUUGUCGAAUAAUUUUUACAUUCUGCGCUGGCACUGCCAAAACCUUAAAUGGAUGCAUGAUUCGCAUAUCUGUUUGGAAGCAAUGUUCUUUUUUUAGUGGAA